UUUUCUACUAUUGGAGCUCUUCACUGUCAACUUCAAAGUUUCUUUUAUCUUCAAAACAAACAUCAUGGCGUUUUAAUUUGCUGUGCUUUCGAGGCCUUUUUGCUUGCCAUGAGCGCCGCUAGACCACGGUCUUCAUCACGUAUAGUAUUACCAACCAUGCCGUCAAAAAUCAGCGAAACUCAGACUGUAGACAUCUUUAAAGAUGAACGAGAUGGCAAGCUGAGGGAAGUGGGAAAUCAAGCUGUUUGGUCUUUGUCUUCUUGUAAACCAGGUUUUGGCGUUGAUCAGUUGCGGGAUGAAAGCAAUGACACCUACUGGCAGUCAGACGGCCCACAGCCCCACACUGUGAGCAUCCAGUUCCGGAGGAAGACGACCGUGCAAGACGUCUGCCUUUAUGCGGACUACAAGGCUGAUGAGAGCUACACUCCAAACAGGCUAUCUAUCAGAGCAGGAAAUCACGCCAACGACUUGACCGAGAUUGAGCAGGUGGAGCUGAGUGAGCCGACGGGCUGGGUGUGCAUUCCUCUCAAAGACUCUGUGGACAAACCCAUCCGCACGUUCAUGAUUCAGAUCGCCGUGCUCAGCAACCACCAGAACGGACGCGACACUCACAUACGCAGGAUCAAGAUCCGCUCACCCAUCAAUUACGGAGACGUGCCUUACCCAAACACAAACAAAUCUGCGCUCAAGAAUCUAGUGUACACGAUCAGAUGAACCCCUUUCUUCAGACUCAAUUGUGUUUAUCUGGGGGUUUUAUUUGUGGGUUUUUUGUUUUGACUCAGUAUGAAAGUAAAUUUGUGCCUGUUAUGCAAGUUGGAAGCCAGUGUGCCUGAAGAGUUUGAAAGGUUGAAUAUUUUUUUUACAUUUACCGUUGAAGGAUUGUAUAGGAAGGAUGAGUGUAAUGAACAUAAAACCUGCAAAUAUUAUGUCAUUUCAUUUUGUGUAUUUUUUAUUAUUAACAUUAUCACUCGUCUGAAACAUUUGUUUUUUUCUCUAAUUCAAAAA